UUGGCGCGAUUUUCGAAUCUAAAUCGUCAGUUGGGGUUAAAGAAAGUAUACUUUAUAUAAUCAUUACUAGUGAAUGUACACUAGCGUUUUUGCAUUAACAAACUAUGAACGCAAGCGAUGCCGCUGGUCCAUAUUUCAACAAACUGCAACCCGAAGAUCCAACGAGGCAUAUGACACGCGAGAGCGCAAGUACAGUGAUUAAUAUAAAAACAUCAUCGCUCGCCGGAUCCGGCCGGCCGGAGUGGGCUCAUCAGACGCAGUACAUCGGCCUUUGCGGGAGCGCCCAAGACCAGUGCCCCGGCAGGGGAAAAAAAUCAUCAGGUGGCUGCGACCACAUGUUAUCAAUGUACUACACAAAAUCCAGCAUGCACAAAAAUUUUCCGCUAAUAAGUCUUCGCGAAUGUUCUGAAUGUCCUUACAAAUCAGCAAUAUCUGAACCAUCAGAUGAGCAAUGCAAAGGGGAAUUAGAUAAUCUUGGUUGGCAAUCCAAAGGCAAACCUGGUAUUUUUGUGAUAAAAACAUUACCUGUGUGUUUGAAUCUAACAUUGGACGUCGAUUUAGGCUAACUGAAAAUCAUUAUGUAGAAUAAUAUAGUGAAAAGAGAAAAAAAAUGUAUUCUUAUAGAGAUC